AUGAACAACGACAUCUACGCUUCGAGCGACUCAUCAUCGGAUGAUGGGUCAGAUGGCCAAAACGUCAGCAUCAGCGACAUCACCAACCGUGUCAACCUGGAAGCCAUCCGGAUCCAGUUGACAUAUUACGGGCGGCCUGCCGACCCCAGGCUCCCCGCCCCCUGGCGCGAUGCGCAGGGCCGGUUCAACAAGUACAUACCCGCAUGGAUGGACAACAGGGUCACGCCGUGGCCCCUCAGGCACCCUGCUCUCCGGCCAGACAAUGCGUGGCAGAAGGGAGACGACUGGCUGUUGCCGACCGAGUAUGCGAAACGCUUUGGUACAGACCCGAGAGCGCCCCGUGACAACCCGGCGCGGUCCAUGUUGACGCCCAACGCCGAGGGUCCCGACGCGGAGUGGUCAGAGGACUACCAGGCCGUCGUCUUCCAUGGAUUCACCGCCGAUGAGCUCAAAACACAAGGGGCGUUCGACCCUGACAUGCGGAUCGACGGCUCGCUCGACGGUCUCGCCGGUUCGCCCAUCCACCCGAUGCUCCGCCGCGGUCAUUGGUAUCAGGAACCAGAUGAAGGAAGAUCUUCUGAGCAAUGUAAAUUAUGGUACAACUUCAACGGCCAAGAUCGAAGAUGGGACGCUGGUACAAACGAUGAGGUCUGGGGCGCGUUGCAGCCUGUUCUGCGGCUCAUGUCCAAGGUGCUUUAUUCACAGCAUCCAUUCUGGCGUUCUAUGUGUGACAUAUACAAGCUUAAACCUAUGGACAUGUCCCGGGUGCCGGUGCCGCCACCCAACGCUGCCCUGCAACCCGAGGAAGGUGCAGCACCUCCCAUCCCUCAGGAAUUCUGGGACCGCUUGUCCACGCUCCACUACGAGGUCGAGGACAGGGACAUGUACCCCGAGGCAAAGGCGCUCCGCGACAGCGGGUUCCAGGCAGAACAGGUCGUGAACAACAUACUGAGGGCCUACGUGAGGUUCACCUUCACAGACACGGUCAGCGAUGGCGCCUACGCGUGGACGCGGGUCCGCCUGGGCGUGCGCGAGGGCGUCAGUGACGAGAUACUGGUGGAGCUGUCGCCGGAGAGCGUCUGGCCGCUGAUACUCCCCUCGUACUCCAAGUCGGAGAAGUUCGUCGUCGCGACGGCCCUCGCCGGGGUCAUCUUGCAUGAGCUGGCGCAUUGUGCAAGGAAUGCCAUUUUUAUCAUGACGGAAAGGGAGGACUGGGAGAAGGAGCCUUCCCUGCGCACGGCGGGGCCAGACGACGACGGCGACCCUGCCCCCGAGCUGACCCAGGUCACGGACGAGCAGAAGCAACUGCUGUUACAACUUGGUAGGAAAAUGGGCUCCCUGGGCAUCCCUACACCUGGAAGGGUGGCCAUGUUUCCAGCAUUUUUCUUCCAAGACGAGUACCGGUCCGAAGAAGGCUGGGCAUUCGAAAACCAGCUCUGGGGAGGCGUGAUAAACACCAUGGCAGAGAUAGCACCAAGGGACGGCUUCCCCCAGGUCAUAGGCUGGCUCGAGAAGUGGCCAUACCCAACGAAGGCGCCCCGGCCGUGGUUCAACGCAGGCCCGACCAGCCACGGCGAGAUCGACGACUUCGGCUGGCCGGGCUGGCUGCUCGACCCGCCGCCGACGGUGGUGGAGCGCAACACGGCCCUGCCCGUGGCGAUGAUGAGCCGGCUGCACGACGAGUCCUUCUGGGACACGCAGUUCGCCCGCUUCGGCCACGAGGCCCUGCGCUACGCCGUCCACCAGUGGGAGGGCCGCCCGCUGAGGUCCUCCUUCUCCUACACGCACCUGCCCCUCGACGUCAUGCGCCGCGCGCUGGGCCCCGCCCGCGGCGCCGCGUGGCGCUGGCUCGAGGCCGCCGAGGACCUCCUCUCCAGGGGCGGCGAGCCCGUCCUCGCCGAGUGGCUGCUCCUCCUCGCCUCCGACGCCGCGGGGCCGGCCCUCGUGCGCCGCCGGUUCCGCGUCGAGGCCCGCCGGUGGCGCACCGCCGAUGCUGCGGCGCGGGCGGCGGCGCGGCGGCUCGACGGGCUCGUCACGGCCGCGCGGGCGCGCCUCUCCGAGUGGCAGCGGCCUGCCGAGGGUGAUGGCAGUGACAGUGGCGGCGUGGGUGGCGACACGGCGGCCCGCCGGGCGGCGUACCUCGAGCAGGCGCGGCUCAUCGCCAACGCCGGGCUGGACGCGGCGCGCUCGCUGGGGUGGGAGGUCUCGAGCAUGCAGUACAGCGCCGCCGAGUGCGGGCGGCUGGCACCGCGGCGGCGCGGGGUCCUGAGGCGGCCCCUGGCCCGGUGCGGCGCGCGCGUCGAGCGCUGGUUCAAGCCGCUCCUGGCGCUGGCCGCCGCCGCCGUCGAGGAGGUGCGGGCCGAGCUCAACACGCCCCGCAGCCCCGGGCCGCCGGCCACCUCCUCCGGCCAGGCGCUGGCCCGGGCCGCCGCCGAGGCGGACUACGGGCGGCGGCGUGGCGUGGUCGUCGCCAGGCUCGACGCGGCCCACGGGUCGCUCGCUGCCACGCGGGCGCUGGUCGACGAGCUGGGGAGGGUCGUGGACGAGCUCUGGAGGGCGUCCGGCCCCGCGCCGGUGGGGCACGGUCGUCCGAGUCGUGGUCGUGGUGCGGCGGCGCCUGCCCCUGCGCCUGCGCCUGCGCGGUAUUCCUUCACCUUGCUUGCUGAGAGGAGCAGCGACAGGCUCCGCAGGAACAGGCUGGAGAGGCUGGCCCAGCACCGCCUGCGCGAGCUCCCGUGGAACAGCCCUGGGCCGACGCUGGCGAGGGCGGCCUGUAGGAUUCUGGAGAGGUGUGUGUCGUAG